AUGUUAAUCUCAGCAAGUGUAUUAAAACGAGGAAUCCGCUUAAAACAAUGUGAACCAUUGUAUACCACUUUUACAAGAGAUAACAAUGAGAACAAUAAUAAUACUAAACAGAAAGAAGAUCAGCCUCAAUGGGUAACAGAUCUGUUAACUGAAUAUAAAGAUGUAUUUAAAAAUGAACUAACUGAACUAUCGCCUGAUCAUGGAUCAUUAAUGAAUCAUAUUUUACAUGAAUUAAUUGAUCAAUGCUUACUAGUUUACUUAGAUGACAUAGCCAUUUACAGCAAAACAUUAAAGCCACAUAAGAUGCACGUGCAACAAGUGUUAAACAAAUUGAAAGAACAUAAACUGCUGGCAAAACUCUCUAAAUGUGAAUUCGGUAAAUUAUCAACACAAUUUCUUGGUCAUAUGGUUUUAGCGGAAGGUAUAAGCGUUGAUUCGUUGAAAAAAACAGCAGCGAUACAACAAUGGCCAAUCUUAAGAAAUGUACAAGAACUACGUUCAUUCCUUCAUUAUUAUCGCCGCUUCGUGCCUGAAUUUUCUCUUAUUGCUGAACCUGUUACUCGUCUGUUACGUCAUGAUACUCCAUUCAAAUCAACACAUCAUGAACAAUCUACAUUUGCAACGUUAAAAAACAAACUCACUAAUGCUCCUGUUUUAUAUUCAUAUGAUCCGACAUUACCGACAAUUGUAACAACAGAUGCUUCAAGAUAUGUAUCAGAAGCAGUGUUAACACAAAUUGACAAAAAAUAUAAAUGA